UCUCCACAUCUGUUUUGGGGGCGAGGGCGCUGUCAAAGAUGUGAGCAAGGAGUGGCACCCGGCGGCUUUAAAUAGCCGCACGCAAGCCCUUGGGACAUCAGAAUAAUCUCCUGCUGCGACGUGGACAGGCUUGGAUCAGCCUUUGGAGAAGUCUGGAUUUGACAGCCUCAGUUGUCCGUCCAGUAUAGCCAUGCAUCCGUCUCUGAUCACGCUGUGCCUGGCUGCAUUAACAAGCUUCACGCUGGUCCUCUCCAUGCCCAAUCCUUCUCCGCUGCUUGGGUCCAACUGGGGAAACCCAAAAAGAUACGUACACCUGCAGACAUCCUCGGACAUCAACAACUUCUACCUAGAGAUCAGUCUGAGCGGCCAAGUUAGGAAAACCACGAGAAGGACUUCUUACAGUGUCAUUUUACUGAAGUCAGAAGCGAGAGACCGCGUAGCGAUAUUCGGCGUGAAGAGCAACCGGUACUUGUGCAUGGAUGCAGACGGAAAUCCUUUCACUUCUACUGUCUGUAACAGAGACGAAUGCCUGUUCCACCACAAGCUUCUGGAGAACCACAGGGACGUCUACUACUCUUGUCGGAAUGGCAUGCUUCUCAACCUGGAGGGGGCCAAGCAGCCAUUUGUGGAAGGUCACAACCUGCCCACCUCCUCGCUGUUCCUGUCUGAGAGGAACACGGUGCCUCUGGAGAGGCUCCUGCGCAGGGAGAGGAGGAACCGCCAGGUGGACCUGGCUGACCCACUCCGUAUGCACCCCCAGCCCUGGGAGGGCUCUGACUCCAUGCAGUACCCAGAUCUGGACCUGGACCAGGACCAGGACGUCGAGCUACCUGAGCUGGGCCGAGCGGUUUCCAGGGAGACGGUCAUUUCCAGUUUCUACGACGACCCGCUGCAGGUGCAUUCCAAGCACCUGAACAGCCCACGGAAUAUGGGCUGA